AUGGUCUCAGCAUUGGAUCAAUAUCGCACCGUCAGCGCAGCGUGGGCGGAGGGUCGACUUGAGAAUGUAUUACAGCGACAGAAAGAGCUUGCUUUGCUACAUACCAACAUCAAAGGUUCCUCUACGAAUCUGAUCAAGGCCAUCUGUAGUGAUCUUCAAACCUCGAAAGCAAGCGCAACUGAUGAACUCCAAUUGGCCCUCGAUUCGAUCAAACAUCUCUACGACGACCUAGACUUUCCGAGUACAUUGGCCAAGGAGAAGCAGGUUAGGACGGGGGCCAGUUCAUCUUGCAACUUGAUCGCUCUGGGUCCUGUUCUAAUUGAUCCCUCUCCCUACUCGCCAUUUCUCAGCACUGUUGCGCCGCUCGCUGCGGCUGUAGCAGCCGGAAGCUCCGCCAUUGUACUCGCCCCAUCAGCCUCCCUUGAUCUCAAUACCGAGCUUCGCAACCUGAUCAGCAAGAGUUUGGACGUCGAAGCUUUUGCCAUAACAGAGAGUGACUCAGCUGAUAUCCGUCGAGAGCUCAGCAAACAGCACUUUGGCGCUGCUGCCCUCCAGAACUUGUCCCUGCGUGACGACCUCUUCACGUCUCUUUAUAAAACAAAUCCAUUGAUCAGAGUGCUUUCUCCACCCUCAGGAAUCUCAACUGCAUUUGUUGAUCGCUCUGUCGAAGAUCUCGAAGCUGUCGCGAGUCACCUUGUUGCCUCCGGUCCCCGAACACCUCGCUACAAUCCUUUGCGAACACCACAUCUGGUUUUUGUCGACGAAAUACACAUCGCGCACCUGGACAAUCUCAUACGUGCAGACACUCGUACUAAUGUAUCACUGUCCUUUAGCAGCGGCAGAGACAAUGCCCAGGCUUUCGACGAGCUUCUAACAUCCAUAUUCCCGACCUCGAAACGGAACCUGCCGAAACACGCAUCCGGUCAUCUGUCUGCCGUCAUCGCAUUAGAUAAUUCUGAUGCCAUUAUAGCCGAACACGUCCAAAGGGCUGCGGAAUUGCUUGCAAACAGCGAUAACGGCCUUCUACUAGUUCCAAUACGAAGUUUGGACCAUGGCAUCGAUAUUUUCAACAAGAUUAACGGAAACAACCCCUCCCAGGCAACGUACAUUUUUGCAUCCUCUGAGGCUUCUUCCUACGUCGCCAUGUUCACGAACACACUUCAUGUGUUCAUUAAUACCAUCCCUCAAUGGUCACUGGCCACUGUUGCUCCCUCAACACCACUUGUCGAGAACCGUUUGCUGUACCGCAGAGAAGACUUUUCUGUCAACAAACCGAUCUUUCAGGAGUCGAUCCAUUACGUUGAUUCUACCAGAGCAGAAAAAGAGUCUGCUUGGAAUAUCCUGUCCCAUCGUUUGCAACUGGGUAAGAUCAAACAGCAAAAAGGCGGAAGACUGAGCUAUUUCGAGAGAGGCUUGUUGGUCGGACUGGCUUUAUCAUUAAUCGCUGUUUCAGGUACGGGAUUUGGUAUUUAUCGAGGUGUUCUACAUUUUGCCAAACGGUCUUGA